CCAAUGCAGAAGAAGCAGUAUAGAGCAGCAUGAUGGGCGCACUGCCGCCAUGUCACCUAGAGAGAGAAAUUUAGCUCUUCUUUCUGCUUUAGCUUUAGUUUGUCUAAUCCUUUAUUUCGCUCCCUCGUUCCAAUACGUUGCUAUCACUUUAGUGCUUUGUGGCGUGGCGUGGCUCCUUUUUUGCGGAACGCCGCUUCCCGCCAGAUUAGGCCUGAAUCCCUGGGCCGGACUAAUCGCUCCCUUCGGCUACCUUCUUCGCUUUUGGGACUGGUGGGUGAGCGACGUGUCGGUGGUGUCACGGAGGAGGACCAAGCUCGGCGGUGAGAGGCGUGAGCAGCGGAGCGAGUCACAGCGACCUCUCAGACAGACAAGACCGGGCUUUAAUGCCGUUUAUCGCGGGGAACACUUGGCGAGCGAGUCGUUUCUCUUCAGCCCCCGGGACUUUCUCAUGGGGAGCUACAUUGGCAAACCCGAAAGUCCGACCGGCGACUUCGGGAGGCCCAGAGUCGUUCGGAACCCCAGAGAGCAACUUCGGGAGAAUUUGUCCAGACCCAAUCAUGCUGUCUACACCCCGAACAGGAGGCUGUCAUUUGCUGGGGAGGCGCCAGGCUCAGCGGGGCGCUUCAACAUCACCCCCCAGCGUCACUACCCUCUUCAGCAGCCAGGCGUCUCCUCAGUAGGGCUCCUGUCUCCCGUCAGGUGGGAUGGCUUCAAGAAGAAGAGUGUCCUCACCCCUCGAAAUUCCCUGGUUGCCCACAGUCCCGUCACGAUGAAGAUUGCCCGGCCGGACCGCAACAGCCCCAGUUUGGACCACCUGAGUUGCGCCAAAGCUCCCGGGGAUCCCGUUGACCCCUGCUCUAGGGAAAGUGUCCUCAAAGUGUUGAAGGAGAGCCGUAAGAGAGAGGUUGAAGAUGAGGACAGGAGCUUAACCACGGAGCAGAGGAGCAAGAGAAGGCGUAACGACAGUGGAGGAAGUGCACAUUCAGCUUUUGAACCUCUUUUGCCUAACGGCGCGCCAUCACAACUGGUCCCGAAACCAGGAAGCCUAAAAAGAGGGAUCACCUCAGUGGUGGAAGAGUCCAUAAUGAAGAGGUCUCGCACCUCCUCCAUCAGCUCUGCCAGUGGAGUCCAUGCUCCCAGAGGCACCCCUGGCUCCAAGAGAAACCCCAUCUACAGCUCCUACAGCUCUUCAAUGGGGGGUCUUGUGCAGUUUAAGAAACCAUCGGCGCCAAGCUCGCCAAUGUCCAGCCCAGGUUCUUCUCGCUCUCAGACACCAGAAGCAGCCGCCUCCAAGAGAGCCAGAGAGGAUGACGGUCUUUUUCCCAGCUCAGCGUCCUCUGUUAGGUCAGAUAAGACAGCCUCGGAAAAAGCGCCUGAGACUUCCAAACAGACUCCAGUCCCCAAAGUCCCAGUUACAACUUCAACAGACUCCACUGGGAGUGGUGGGAAGAGAAAACGGAAGAUCCAGCUGGUAUCCGCCAACCGGGACGACCACAUCUUGCUGCCCCCGCCACCUGAGCUGGGCUACACCGUCACUGUGAAGGAUCUAGAUGAUGAGAAGAAAGCCGCCCUCAGCAAGAUCCAGAAGGUCCUGGAGACACCUGCUCCCGAACCCCAAGAGUCCACCUCUUCUCUGACCUCCACCACCGUGUCCACCACGCCUGCCUCGUCUACCGCCUCUGUUCCCAGCACCACUACCCUCACCCUGAGUAGCCUUUUAGCUGCCCCUCUGCCCAUAACCUCCAGCUCGGCCGCACCUGUCAUCAACCUGGAUCCCAGCCCAUCACCCUCGGCUUCCAACCCCCUGCUGGAGGCUCUGAAGAUGAAGAGUCCUGUAAGCGCUUCUGCCAGCACAACCACAGUGUCUGCAUUGACUACACUGGUACCACCCAGCGUCUCACACCCGAAGGUGUCCACUGUGUCAGACCCUCCAAAACCCCCACCUGCCUCACAGUCCCAGCCCUCUUCUAUUGGUGCAGGCCAGCCCUCUGCCUUCACUCAGGUUCUGGGCCUGGUUUCCAAGCCUGCCAGCAGCAGCAGCAGCACUAGUACUCCAUCAUUAGCUGGAGUCAGCCCGUUUGGACUCUCCAGCCUGUUCAGCAGCAGCACCGUUGUGUCCUCUGCCACUACCCCAGCCCCUGGCACCACUGCUGCCACAAGCAGUUCAGAUUCGCUCAGUCACUCCAGCCCUCAGCUCCCCUCCGGGUUCAAACCCAUCUUUGCUGCCACCACAGCUCCCUCCACCACAUCAGCCAUGUCAGCCCCAGAGAGCAAACCACUUGUACAAAACUUCAAGCCCAUAUUUGGCAGCAGCACCAGCGCAGGGCCUGGCUUUGCUCCGCCUCCAUACACGGCUUCUAUUACAACAUCUGCCACAGGUUCUUUGAGCUCUUCAAUAUUUGGUUCCUCAGCAAACAGCACCACUCUUACACCGUCACUUUUCACUGGGUUGACCUCCACCAGCUCCACCACCAACACCACCACCACCACCACCAACACAAAUCCUGUAGCCCAGCCUGCUAUAAAAUCCAUGUUUGAAACCUGGUCAGCUCCAGCUCCAGCUAAUGUGAGUACCACCUCAGCGCCAGCGCCUGCUCCUGCUGCUGGGGGCACCUUUCAUUUUGGAGCUGUCACCACCACCACCACCGCCGCUGCUGCUCCCGCUACAACCGCCGCUCCCGCCUUUGCAUUUGGCAUGACACAGCCUCAAGCCACCAGUCAGAAGGUCUUUGCUUUUGGUCAGACAGCAGUCAGUCAGAACACGACACAACCAACUUUUGGAGGUUUUGCCAUGGCAAACGGUACCCCCGUUGCUGCAGCCUCUACCGCUAAUGCUGCCGUCACCACUUUGGCACAGUCUGCAUUCACCUUUGGAAAGUCGUCGUCCUUUGAAGCGCCAGCCUCGCAGACGACCUUCAGCUCCACAGCGGCUGUUGCCACCUCAUCAAAGCCCUUUACUUUUGGAGGUAGCGUAGCACCCACGGCACCUGCUUCCAAUCCCGCCCCACCGGCUUUCCCAUUCAGGGGAGCUGCCACCACCGCACCAUCCAGCUUUGUGACACCAACUAAACCGUCAUUUGGGGGAGGCUCCACCGCCUUUGCUUUUGGAGGCACGACCACGCCAUCGGUGGCGCCAAGCUUCGGACAAGCCGCCCAGACUCAGGGCACGCAACCCGGCCCUGCUUUCACGUUUGGUGGCACCACUCCUCAGCAGACACCCUUGGGCACCGCGCAGCCUGCAACCGGCGGAUUUAACUUUGGCGCCGCUUUAUCGCAGCCCCAGUUUGGAACACCCCAUGCAAAUAAUCCAGCGCCGCAGAUGGGAGGCUUCAACUUUGGGGCUGCUACUGAUAAACCAGCUUUUGGAACAUCUACUCCAUCUUUUGGCCAGACCACUUCUGCAGCCCCCGGUCCAAUUCCCUUUGGUAAUCCCGUAACACCACUACAGGGCUUCAAUGCUGUUCCUUUCGGUUCUCCGGCGACUCCUGCCUUCUCCAUCGGGGCUGGUUCCAAGCCAAGCGGGGCGCGGCAGAGACUGCAAGCGCGGAGGCAGCACAACAGGAAGAACAUGAAAUAACCUUGCACUGAUUGAACUUUAAUUGGACUUUCAGUCGCUGCUGUGGCUUAUCAAUUCUUUGUUCCAAGCCCCGACUACGCCGCCCUGACCACUCCUCCACUCAGGCGGCGCCAUUUUCUUUGAUGGGGUCCCGGCCAAAAACACUGUUUUUGCCACCUGGGUGACUAAAUGAUGCUGGAGGAUUUACUUGAGGAGAAGAUUCUGAGUCAUAUCCAGAGUUGUCUUAAGAAGAACAGAGAAAACGGCGCAUCAGCGCAGUUUAUUUUUUUACGCAGACUGAUUUGUACUCCCCACGAAGCUGGAAUGGAGGGAGAAAACCAACCACGUAACUGUCGAAUUGUGACGCAUUUUUAAAUUAUUUUUUUAAUUGGCCGCUUGCCCGUGUAAAUGACUGUCACUCAUCUGCACAUAAAGGACGAUUGAGUAGUUGGCUUUGAUUGCUAGCCAUAGUUAUUUGUGAUGUUUCUUAACUGCAAACAUUCCCAAAGUCCUCCCGUGGACGGCCUUUAUGUUGGGAUUUUUUUCUUUUUCUUUUUUCAAGCACUGACAUUAGCCGGUCAGUUGAAUGAUUUUGACAUGUACUGAAGUACCAAAGCCAAUUGGGACAGGAACAUUUUAAUUUCUUUUUUUCGUGUGUGUGUGCCAGACUACCUCUAUUGAAUCCCAGGCACUGAAUCCUGGAAUUACUCAAUUCAUGAAUUCAUGUCAACAUCAACUACUGUUUUGUCAACAAAUCUGAAUAAUUAAGUCAGUUUACAGGACAGAAAUUUCAUCUUGUGCAGCAUCUUUUUUUUGUGUUAACACCACGUUAGCUGUCGAGUUGUUUGUGAAAUUGUGUGCAACAUAAGUGAACCUAAUCUGAUGCAGUGCCGGUGGUUUAUGUUGAUCUAAUAAAAGGGAUGGGUGGAUGUUCCAAAACACAACUAAAUUAUUUUUACAAUUAAAGCUCAGUUCACAAACAAUUCGGUGAUGGCUAAACUUCCUUAUACUCAACAAAUUUAUCAACAUAUUAAGUAGUAUAGAUUUGUACUACUCGUGCAAAGUAUCUGUAUUAACUA